UCUCCCUCUUCUUCCCCUCUCCUUCCUAAACCCUAACCCCCAAAUCAUUAUAUAUUUUUUAUUAAAAAAAGGAAAAUCAUGAAAUUAAGUUCAUCAAUCUCCAGCAUUCGAUUUCCAAAUUUUAAUACCACAUUCGUUAAAUCUUAUCCUUCCUCUUUCUUUCCUUCAUUCAAAUUUUCCACCACAUCCAACAGAGCAAUGACUCAAUUCCCUAAUUUUUCUAUAAAAAACACAAAUUCUUCUCCCGCCAAUACGGCGGAGGACUCCCAGGUGGCGCCACCCAAGCCCAAGCCAACUCCGCCGCCGCAGCGGCCAUGGCUUAUCGUCGGUCUCGGUAAUCCCGGCAAGAAAUACAAUGGCACUCGCCACAACGUGGGUUUUGAGAUGGUAGAUGCUAUAGCUGAGGCUGAAGGGAUUCCCAUUAACACCGUUAACUUUAAAGCCCUCUUUGGAAAAGGAUUUAUUGGAAAUGUUCCGGUCAUGCUUGCCAAACCACAAACUUUCAUGAACUCAAGUGGUGAGUCUGUUGGGGCCAUUGUCUCGUAUUACAAGAUUCCAUUGAAGCAAGUACUUGUGAUUUUUGAUGAUUUAGAUUUACCUUUUGCCAAAUUGAGACUACUUCCAAAAGGCGGGCAUGGAGGACAUAAUGGGAUGAGAAGUAUCAUAGAUCAUUUCAAAGGGAGUCGUGACUUUCCUCGUCUAAGAAUAGGCAUUGGACGGCCCCCUGGGAGGAUGGAUGCUGUUAAUUUUGUCCUUCGCCCUUUCAAUAAGCAAGAACGUGAAGAGCUGGAGUUUACAUUUCAACAUGGAAUAGAGGCUGUCCGGAUUCUUUCACUUGAAGGUUUUAAUAAAAGCGCGACAUAUGUCAACAGCACCAAAGCAAUGGAGCAACUUGGUUAAGUUAUUGCUCUAGGUGGCUACCUCUUGGGUUAAGGCAGCGCAUUGAGAUAGGGAUGCCUACUGGCAGGCAUCUGAAAUUUAAUGAAGCAUUGGAACGCGUAAAAACUACGUUAAGCAUGUGGGGGGAUGGUCGAUAAAUCAGCAAUAAGACAAAGGUUAAGGAACGUGAUCCCAGCACUGUCUCACCCAACAUUGCUAAACUUACAAUAAUGUUGCCAUAAAUGGCAAGUACAUCGGAUGAAGGUUGUAAAGUGUAAAGCAAGUGGUUAGCCAUGCAAUAUCUGGUUACCCUAUUAAAGGUUGGACAAUGACUCCUCUGUUGGAUAUAGGCUUGGCCUCUUAACACUUCAUCGAUCAUUGAUAAAUACAUGUAUCUUUCUACUCAAAUAAUUAUAUUCGAAUCUUUCUUUUUGGAAU